CUUUAGCUCUUUAGACUUUAGUGCUCCCUAUUUCAAUAUCCAUCAGUUUGAUUCAUAUUUUUCUAACCUUUGUUUCAUUCAAUCAUAUCGAUAUAACUAAAUUUAUACGGAGGAAUUUUUAUUCAAAUACGGAGUAUAUAUUACUAUAUUAGGCGCAAAUUUCGCAUGCAAUUCCAAUCCGCAUAUCUAAACGUUGCUGCAAUUGGGUUCUGUUUCUACCAGUAGGUAUGGAAAUCGACUCCGUGGAAAUGCUCUGUAAACAUUUAAUUUUCUGCGCCGUUCAGAGGUGCCGUCUGAAAAAUGAUAUGUGCAGAUUAUCAGUGAAACUGGCCCCUUCUCCAUGGUGCAAUCCGCCUCUCGUUCGAAUCUCAGGAAGCUGUAAAAUGAAAGUGGGUGGUGUUCCAUUGCAGUUCAGAUUAUGGCACCCCCCAAUAUACAAUUUCCAAGCCACUGACGGCUCGGCCGCUUACCUAUUACCAUGUCUAGUCAUCUAUCGGAUAAGCUUUACAGGGCUGGACAAAUUUGCACAACAGAAUGCCAGCACACAGACACACACCUAUACUACAUACAUAUACGCUUGGGUGCGUGUAUGGAUGCAUAUAUUAUGCUCAGAUGGAAUUUUAUGCAUUUAUAGAUCCCGUUACUUCAGGUCGUUCUGUUUGAAUUAGUUGCGAUUCAAGUUCCCACGUCCAGAAGCCUUUAUAAAUUGAACCUAACAUUAGACAGAUGUUACAUUCUGGUUUUAUUUUGGUGAAACAGUGUCGGAUACAGGAGUUGGAAGUACACUGGAGGAAUACCAACAUUUGAAGUACCAAAGUGGCCUCGUUCAGGCUGGUAAAUGGGAUGGGUUGAUGUCUAUUUCUACUACAAGUAUUUCUGACAAAGAUAUGCAUAACUUAAAUCUCAACAUGAAAAACACCGCUUCUUCUAAGAGACUGACUAGACUGCCUUCAACCUCAAAGAAUGGCGCACAUUUCAGUGGCACUGAAGUAUCAAUGUCUACAUUUGAAAGUUUUGAUCACUUAUUGGAAGAUUUAACCUUAUUUUUUAAGAAGAUGCUCAUUUUAAAAAUCCCGUUAGUUGCAGUUGAACUGUUGGUUGAUUAUUAUAACAUGCCUGGAUCUUGCACGGAAAAUUGUAUUAUGGCCAUUGAGUGUGGUUCUUUACCUUUCCCGGUAGAAAGCGUCACCAGCCUAAGAACAUGUUUUGAUGAUUAUGUCCUUAAGCACAGGAAUAAACUGGAUAGUGUUUGUCCUUAUUGCUUUUUAACUGGGGAAAAUUUGAUGGUUGGCACUGGAGUUGCUAGCUGCUCAGGAAACAUGCAAGGCAAUGCACUGGUGAUGGAAGCUGUGGUUGUUAUUAGUGAAUUACCUAUGGUAGCUACUCCAUCCUGCUUCAGGGAACAUGAAAGAGAGACACAGGUUUUGUUCUAUAGAGACUUUGUACCCUCUACUAUCCCGAAAUCAUUAUUGAGUGCAUUGGAAAGCAUCAAUUGGAAGAGCUAUGGAUUGACACUGAGGAACAUCAUGGACCAAGAUGGGUGUGCAUUGCUUGAAUGGGAAAGUUUGCCGCCAACUCUCCAUAUUGAUAUCAUCAUUCAUUAUUAUGACAAACAAUAUCCUUCACAAUCUGAUUCACAACUCACAUCACCUUUAGAUUGGCAUGGAAUUCAAUCAUCGAAUUGUAUUAUCUGCAUUUGUCAUUUUCAUAACUUGCUCUCAAGGUGAAUUUACUGGAUUCACUAAUCAGUCAAAAAGGUCGAGGUCUGACCAGAAGAGCUGUCAAGCUUGCUCUUGAUGAACUGAAGGAGAAGAAUAAAGGUGUCCUUCUUAGUCAGCAUGCACAAAAGAUUUGCAGUUACGCCCCAGAUCUUUCAAAAACAAUCGCCCGUUUGAUCUUAUCCUCAAAUGACCGAGACUUCCGAGGGGAAUGUUGCUCUCUCCUGGGACUUCAGUUUUCAGAUUUCAACAUGGAAGCAGUUGAAGGUUCCAUUAGAGAAAGGAUAGUUUCAGUGAUUGGAAAACACGACCAAAAGACUAGGGUAAGUAGAGAAGCUUCAGAGCUGCUCUUCGAAGACCAAUGCAUCCAAAGACCGGAAGACUUCAUGGAAGAGGAAUACCAGGAGCUUGAGGAAGUCUACAAUUCUCUCGGCUUAGAUUAGACCCCCCUCCCCUGUACAUCUUGUAUUAGAGAGUGAAGAGAUGAUAUUAUUGAUUGUCAGAAUGGUUAGAUAUAUACAUUUUGUGAACAACUAAUUAAGGUAACUAAAGAUGUAAUAUACAAAUGAUAGCUGCAAUAUAAACUAAGGAUCUGCGGAAUAACUGGUAAUAAGAAAAUAUUAACCUUCCUUCUACAAAUGUGCAGAAUUAAUGGUAACAAGGAAAGAUUUACUUUCAUUCUACAUGCCCCUCAAGCCAGGAGUGGACGUAAGAGUAGGAAAUGGUUACAAGAAAGUGGUAUAGUCGGUGCAAUCAAUGAGUUGAUCAACAGAAAUCACACGGCAAACAUGAAGCAUGAAGCAACCCUUUCUGAACACAUUGUUGAACAAAAUGAUAUGGUGAGGUGUUUCAUGAGACAGUGAAAAACAAGAUUUGCACAGGUGUAAUUUGCAGUGGCAUUGUCAUAGAAAAGAGUCGGAGGACCGGGAAUAGAGAUUCAGAGCUCUGAGAGGAGGGAUUGAACCGAGGCAACCUCAGUUGUGGCAGACGCUAGUGUGCGAUACUCAACCUUAGUUGAAGUCUUGAAGAUCGAGCAAUUGUCCUUUGGGAAAGUUCACGAAAUAUGCGUUAAAAAGUUUGAAAAUCCAAAAUAUGAUUGUUAUGUUUUUAUUCCCAAAAUAAGAGUAAUUACUGUCAAGUUCGGAAAAUAACACCAUGUUUCAAGUUUGAUACUCUCAAAACAUGGCAGUAAUUAGUACUAUUUGGAGAAUAAAAACAUAAUACUCAUAUUUUGGAAUAUAUAAACGUUUUUAGUCCUAUUUAGGGUAAUUUCAUCACUUUAAGGCAGAGGACAUCACUUUAAAAUUCAUAAUGUCCCUCAUGAAUUUUAAAGGUAGUCUUCUCCAUAUUUUCCUCUCAUUCUAAUAUGACAGUAUUCAGAUCUCAAUUCAAUUUUAGGAAAGUGUUGAGGACUCUUCAAUUCAUCGAGAAGUCCAUCGAUG